GAAAUCCCACAACACAUUGUUUUCUUCACACACGUCUGAAAUUUAAGAACGGGUUGGUGUUGCAGUUACAUUCUGCAGUGUGAAGAGACUGAUCUGCACGGAAAUAAUCCAGGACACCAGACUGUAUUUCUGACUUCCUGACUGUAGCGUGUUAGCAAACUUUUGAUCAUGGCACUGGACGGAUGUGGCCAGCUGUGCAAGUGUAUCCUCAUCCUUUUCAACAUCCUUUUUGCCCUGGUGGGUUUUGCAAUGUUGGGGUUGGGCUUGUGGCUGAGGUUCAGCUCUGAGACCAGAGGAUUUUUCAACGUAGACCUCAACACACAACAGUUUGUCAUCGGUGUGUCAGUGUUGAUUGCUUUAGGAGCAGUGAUAUUGCUCGUGGCUGUUUUCGGAGACUAUGGAGCAUGCAAUGAGAAUAGGACUGCAUUGGGAGUGUUUUCCUGCCUGCUGGCUAUCCUGGCUCUAUUAGAGAUUGGAGCCGGUGUGUUCGCCUACAUGAGAAGCGAUGAGGUGGGAGAGCAGCUGGCAAAAUUCUAUAUGACUGUGUACGCUCAGUAUGUGGACAAAGGAGACCCUGGCUUGGCUGUUACCCUGUCCAUGUUCCACAAUGUGUUGCACUGCUGUGGAAUCAUUGGUGCCCUGGACCUCUUGGUCAAAAAAACAUGUCCGGAUACCAGCUUUUUGGAGACCUUCACUCUCCCUGCCUGCCCCACAGUGAUCGUCAACCUCUUUGAGUCCAAAGCGCCUCUGGUGAUGGGCCUCUUCCUUGGGACUGCUGCUAUGCUGAUCAUGGCCCUAGUGUGCUGCAGCAUCCUCAUGAAACAGAUCAAGAUGAGUCACCUCUCUGCCCCCUGUACCACAGCCAGGCCGUGUACUGAGGGGACAGGACCACCACCAUACUCAAACACAGUUUUCUCCAGUUGGAGACCAAACCAGAUAGUUGUCAUUCAGUGAUCAUCACCCCAUCCUUUCACGUGAUACUUCUGGAGAGGCGCCCAAUAAAAACGGAUGUCCUAAUUAGCUUUCAUUCAUUUGCGUAGCUGGACAGGGCUCUAGAUCAUCUUGACAUGCCAUUAGCAGCGUUCAGAAUGAGACCACACCAUCCAUUUAGAUGACAUAUGAACAAGGCAGACAAGACACUGUUGCUCUGUAGCAGUUGUUUGUUCUGCCCCUCUUCCCACUGUAGUCCUUAAUCUUCAUUUUCUUUAAACUUUUUAAUCACUUAUCAAAUGUUAGUGAAUAGCUGCUCUUGCUGACAUGAAUGCUGCUUCCAUGAAUGGGACCAUUUUAUUAAUAUAUUCAAUGCUGUGUAUGACUGAGGGCACUACUGUAAUUAGAGAAGUGAAGCUGCUCAUGCUUAAAAAAAAAUCACUGUCCAACAUGUUGACCUAUCCCUGUAAUCGCAUCAAUUUAGAAUCAUGUUUGUGUUGCAAUACAUAUCAAUGUACUGCUGACAGAAUUAUCAUCUUAAAAUGAGUGAUCUUAGAAAAUGUAUUUCUUAAGGUUAUAAUUUUUACAAGGAUUUAACUGCGAAAUGGAUUGAUUUGUAGUUGGUUCUCCAUGCCAAAUUGAGUACAUUUAUUAACAAUGUAGUUAAUUAACAUCUUAAUCAGUCUUUACAAUACUAAUCCCCCUACUCCAGCUCCCACUUGUACGAUCUGAGAUGAUAUGAAACACCUUUGAUUUCUUCAUUCCAUGUUUGGAUGCUGACGUUGGAUGAUAUCAUAUACAAAGUUGAGUCAGGGAUCCUUAAAUAUGGCUAUGGAAUGUUCAAAUUUGCUUGACUUAUUCUAUUACUUUGAUGUCAACUAUUUUUAUUAGCAAACUAAUGUAUGCAACUAGGAUACAUUUCCUUGUAAUUUUGAGUCACUCAAACCUUAUUGCUCUUGGGAAUCAUCUCCCUGAAUGCCCUGUCAAGCAGCAGUUGUAAUGGAGGCGGAGUGUGAUAGAAUAAACACUUCAUAUGGAGUGCCUUGAUACACUAGCCAAAGUGUUGCCCAGUAAACGCAGGCCGUGUCAGGCAGGAGUAGGCCAAAUGGUGUACCUAACCAAGUCAAGUGUCUUGUAGCGAGUCUUAUUUUAUAGGUCUUCAUGAGAAUUUCAAUUUGAGAGAACUGCUUAUGUUCUGUUGCAAGCUAAUACUACUGACUGCGUAACGUAUUUUCUAUUUUUUCUAUUUAACUAGGCAAGUCAGUUAAUUAAGAACAAAUUCUUAUUUACAAUGACGGCCUACCCCAGCCAAACCCUAACGACGCUGGGCCAAUUGUGCGCCGCCCUAUGGGACUCCCAAUCACGGCCGGUUGUGAUGGAAUCGAACAAGGGUCUGUAGUGACACCUCUUGCACUGAGAUUCUGCGCCACUCAUGGCACCAAAUGUGGAGCUUUUUGUUAAAAUAAAUAGUUUUCCCCCC